CGCCAAACCCAUAGAUGCUCGAUUCGACGCCUGGCUUGUCGGCCUCGGCGUUCUGGGUCCGAGUUAGAAUUCUGGACUGGACGAGAAAGCCCGAGUAGGAGUCAAUUGAUUAUUUUUCUGCUGCUCUCCUUUCAACAUGAAAGAGGAUCAAGUUGUACAGGAAGAAUCGGGAUUCCAAGAUGAGGAGGAAUCUUUGUUUCAAGACAUUGACCUGUUACAGAAACAUGGAAUUAACAUGGCUGAUAUUAAGAAACUGAAGUCUGUAGGAAUCUGUACCAUUAAAGGAAUACAAAUGACAACAAGAAGAGCCCUCUGCAAUGUUAAAGGGCUCUCAGAAGCCAAAGUGGAAAAGAUUAAAGAAGCAGCCAACAAACUAAUUGAACCAGGAUUCCUAACUGCUUUUGAAUACAGCGAAAAGAGGAGGAUGGUUUUCCAUAUCACUACUGGGAGUCAGGAAUUUGACAAAUUACUAGGUGGUGGCAUUGAAAGUAUGGCAAUUACAGAAGCUUUUGGAGAAUUUCGUACUGGAAAAACUCAGCUGUCUCAUACCCUCUGUGUGACAGCUCAACUUCCAGGAGCAGGCGGCUACUCAGGAGGAAAGAUUAUCUUCAUUGAUACAGAAAAUACUUUCCGUCCAGAUCGCCUUCGUGACAUUGCUGACCGCUUCAACGUAGACCACGAUGCAGUGCUGGACAACGUGCUCUAUGCGCGUGCCUAUACUAGUGAGCAUCAGAUGGAGCUACUUGAUUAUGUAGCAGCCAAGUUUCAUGAAGAAGCUGGCAUUUUCAAACUAUUGAUCAUUGACUCGAUAAUGGCGCUUUUUCGAGUGGAUUUCAGUGGCCGUGGGGAAUUGGCUGAACGCCAGCAAAAAUUGGCCCAGAUGUUGUCACGACUCCAAAAAAUCUCAGAAGAAUAUAAUGUUGCUGUUUUUGUGACCAAUCAAAUGACUGCGGAUCCUGGAGCAACUAUGACCUUCCAGGCAGAUCCCAAAAAACCCAUUGGUGGGCAUAUUCUGGCUCAUGCUUCAACAACAAGAAUAAGCUUGCGAAAGGGAAGAGGAGAACUGAGGAUUGCCAAGAUUUAUGACAGCCCCGAGAUGCCUGAAAAUGAAGCCACCUUCGCAAUAACUGCUGGAGGAAUCGGGGAUGCCAAGGAGUAGGUGGGGAGUUGGUACAGAUUGCUUCUUGCUGCUUAUUAGGAGCUGGAGAAAUGGGAAAGCAGUCUUGAAUUUAGAUCUCAAAAUAAGAGUUUGGGUUUUUUCCCAAACUCUUGGAUGUUAUUAAAGGAAAGUCAGCAAAAGAGAUUUAGAGUUUAUAUUUAUUUCAAAAGUUUCUGCCUGAUAUGUAACCAACUAUAUAUAUAUAUACUGAGUGUUGAUUCAGAAAUAUGCAUAUAAAUUUUUGAAUUACUUGAUAGACACAUAUGCAUAAAUGUCCCUGUCAGAUAUUGGGGAAAGGGCAUCCAAUGCCUUCCUUCUGCCUUUCAAAGUGAGCCACUGAGCACACAGAAAUUCAAAGGAGCUCAGAGAUAUCCCAGUUCCCCCACAGAUUUUUCCAUCACACAUUUUUUUGUGACACGGCACCAAAGACCUAGGGAAGUGGAUGAUGCUCCUCUAGGGGGAGAUGUGUG